AUUUUCAUUACUUCUGCACUUUCCCUCUUCUCAUUCUUCAUCUUUCUCUCUCAAUUUUUUUAUUUCACUUCUUAAAAUUCUUCAUUAUAACGGAUGCGUUACUCCGCGACGGUACCUACAUCCGCCGUGUAGUUAUCGUGAAAUGCAUCUGCCACCACUUUAGCGUCCGGCGGCGGCUCCUACCGCCGCAAUCGCGCCAUUAUUGGCAGCGAUUAACUAACUACCUAGCUAGGUUUAUUUCAUACAAAAAUUAUAUAUGCAAUUCUAACUAAACUUACGUUCCUUACUUUUACUUAUGCGCGAUUCAGUAGCUAGCUAGGUUUCAAAUUAUGACCUGUAUGAUAAACUUACUCUUCUGCUUUGUCUUCUUAUAUGUCUGAGUAAUGUUGAUUCUAAUUUGUUAACUUAACGGAAGAGUUUGACACAUUUGAGUUAGACACCAUUAUCCCCAAUUUUUGUAGACAUUUUCUACAAACAGUAUAAUAGAUUAGCGGAGGAUAUGAAUUAACAAGACAUACAACACUGAAGCAACUAAAUAAGAUUCCACAAUUGUGAAGAAAGGACCCGUUAAAAACAGAAUCGGAUUCACUAAGAUGUAGAGACUACCCAUUAGUGAAGAGAACCCGAGUGAUCAAGAUGUAGAAAACUAUGGCUUGGAUGGAGAUGCCGUAACCGUCUUAAUGAAAACACCUAUUGGAUAGUUUCGGAGGAGUGUCCUCAACCUCAAAAAGAUAUUGGUAUUCUUUUGGGAUACUUAUCGAGGAAGUAUCUGAGAUAUGGAUACUGCAUGGAUUUUUUCCUUUUCUAGAAUAUCCUGGCUUCAUAGAUUGCGAUCUAGGUAGUCAAUAACGGCACGGAAUAGGGUCACGUGUGCUCCUAGGGUUUUUGUGGGUCGUGGCCUGGAGUGGAUUAUGGGCCGCUAUCUUGUUUUUUACUUGAAAAGUCAAAAUUGGCUUCAUAGGUGGUGAUCUAGAUAGUCAAUAGCAUCACAGAAUUGGGUCGCAAGAGCUCCUAGGGUUUUCGCGGGUUGCGGCUUGGAGUGAAUUAUGGGCUACUAUAUUGUGUUUUACUUAAAAAGUCAAUUUACUACUUAAAAUCAAAACAUUUUAAAGUUACUUUGGGCUUUCCGCUUACCUGUUUUAACCUAGUUGUUCCCCUGAUGCGCCUUUCUUUUUGUUCAAGGCUUCAAGCAUGUCGUUCCCUCUGCUUCAUCCUCCUUCAACCUUCAUAUGCCCUCUGCUAGCAUCUUUCUUUUUCUCCUUCCUUCACUCAUUUGUUUUCCUUCUUUUUUUCCUCUCUGUUUAUUUUUUGAAUUCCUUCCUUCUUUUUUACUCUGUUUUGUCUCAUUAUUUGUUAAUCCUAUUCCUUCUUUAUCCUUUUAGUCUCUUGGCUACAUCUCCUACAACUUUUUGGCUCAUCUAUUGUUUUGAUUAUGACUCGUUGAUGUUGGUCAAGUGUUUUGAUUAAGAUUUGUGGGUUUUUGGAGGAGCACGAUUUCAUAUUACUGUCCUGUCCUUGUGUGCCAAUUGUUUGUGAGUAGUACCUGUACCUGUGUGUAAAAGACUCGGAUUUAUAGGUGGGAACUAAUGAACCACAAAAGUGUAUGAUUCUAUGUUGUUAACCCCAAUGCAACUGCAAUCGUGCUUGAUAGCGGCUUUGCAGAGCAGACUUUGCGUUUACUGCAGCACACUCUGCAGGCUAGUUGCCUCUACCAGUCACGCUGUUUGCGAUUGCAAAUGGCUGCUGAUUGCGGCCUUCUUGUAUUGUUGAGGCCACAAUUAGGUUAGGCAUUUAAAAACUCUAAAUUUCCUCCCUAAUUUAUCUUUCAGCUUCUUUUGAAGGGUAUUUAGGCAAUUUUGUAUUUAAGUGAUCUAUCUGUUCUUCUCAAAGACUCCUGCAAAGCAUUUCCUUCAUAUUCUUCACAAAGACUUCAUGUUUUCUUUCUCUGGUUCCCUCAUGAAGCCUUCUCCUGUGAAACUUUUAGAUUUAAACUUGUAGAUUUGGCAAAGGCUACAGUUCAACUCCGCUUGCUCUCAAGUCUGAACUCAACAAUAACAUCAUAACCUAAGUCUGGUUUUAGUUUAACCGCUGAUUCUGUUUUGAUUUUUAGAACAUGUUUUUGAUGGGUUAUCAUUUUGAUUACUUGUAGAAUUAUAUUUAUUUAGUAUGGUUUUUAAUAUCAGUGACAAAUGACCUAAGUUAAAUAUAUUUAUUAAGUAUGAUUGCCCUUUUAAUCCUAUUGGGAUCUGUGUUUAGUUAGUAUACUAUUUUUUUUAGUUUAUGCAAUAACGACUACCCCACUAUCCGCUACCCCUAUAGAGGUUUCGUGGUUCGGCACUUUGCGCCACUAUCCGAGAUUAACAUACCUGAUAAAAUGGGGAUAUGGGUAUUUAAUGUGUUGGUAGAAACAUAUGGGAUAGUUAUAUGACUGCAUAAUUAGACAUACUUGUUAUACUUUACUUAAUUGAGUAGAUAGAAAAUCAUGCUAUAUUGGUAUAAUCUGUUGCAGUGUUAUCAAAUAUCUGCCUUGGUGGAUAUACAUGGCGAAUUUUGGGCUCGCCGCAAUGGUAAAUAUUGGUAGAGCGGCCUAUAUGGCUCUCUGCCAUGGACCGGCAUCGACAACACUGAUCUGUUUGGAAUACAUGUAGUAUUGCAUGAUGGACUAGUUAGGAUUUAUUUAAGGAUAUAGCUAACAUAUGCCCUAAGGGCACGUGUUAAGAAACCUAAAUAUAGAAAAUUUGAAUUGAAAAAUGUAAUAAAUACAUUAAUUAUCAACUUUUAAUGAAAACAAUGCACAAUUUCUAAGAAAAAAUUUCUACUUUUAACUUUUAACAUGUGCCCUAAGGGCACAUGUUAGCAUUACCCUUUAUUUAAUAUAUAUGAUAUGAUAUGUGAUAUUUUAAACUAAGCCUUUUACUAUUUUAUAUUUUUUAUAUUUAUAUAACUAUGACAUGACUUGAACUUUGAAAAUAAGCAUUGGUUUGUGACAUUGUAUGAAUGUGUAGAUUUGAUCUGUUUGGUUUCUCAAUUUGAGUAGCGUGUCAGUUACAGACUCAAACUAUUUUACUUGGUAAGGUUUGAUUACAAGAGCCUUACGUAUGCAAAAAUCUUUGGAUGUUUAACGUCCUUGGCAAUGUUUCUAAUGUAGACAGGCUUCAAAUAUAGCCUGCGUUAAAGUAAUCUUAAGAUGUUAGAGACAUUUUGUAAAUGUGCCUUUCUUUUCGAACAUAGAUUUAGAAGAGUUGGAAUGAGAUUUGAAAGUCGCCAUCAAUUAACUUCUCAUGUUGGAUUCGAGAAAUUUGUAACUUAAGGAUUAGUCUUUUAUUUAUGUAAACUGAUCUGUAGUUCGGGCGGGAAUUGGCUAAGCAAUAUAAUUAAGUUUUUAUGUUUUAGAUCAACUCAACUUCCAUAUAGUUAGGUCCACUUAUCAACUUAAGUUUUGAACAAUGAUUUGUCUUUUUAAAUUGAUGCCGGCACUUCAGAAAUUUUUGUUCUCAUUUGUUUUUCUUUAGACAACAAUUCCAACUAAAUCAGUAGUUGUCGUUCAGCGAUUACUGAUCACCUUUUUAGAUGAUCAGGGUAUGUUUUCGGUCGUGGAGACCUUUGCGGUAGUUUGGUGUGUGACUGGACAAUAGAACUGUUUUGAAUUUCCACCAAACAAAAUCAUGCUCAAUACGGAGUAUUUCUAAUGAAAGUAUUGAGAUGUCCCGUGUAUAGUUUUAUAACAUGGCAUGCUUAUGCGUUUAUUUUUGUUUUAAUCUCCAAUUUCUCUUGCCAAAAGAAACAUGUUUAAAAUUCCAUUUAUUUUCCGCAAUGAUCCAGAACUUCUAAAUUUCAGCUCUGGACAUAACUUAAUACCUAAUUCUGUGGGCAGGGUUUUCAUAAUUAAAGUUUUCUCCAUCUGAGUUGAUUGAUCUCUAUUUAUUAAUGAAACAGAUUUUACAUCCCUAUUGUAUUGCCCUUCUUUUCUUUGUACUCAAAAUCCUGUGUGACACUUUUAUGCUUGUUUGUUCAUCUUGGUGCGCAAGAAUCAAAAGUUUCAUAGUGUAUUGUAUGGAUUUUCAGGGAUGCAUUCAAAAGUAUACAAAACUCGUAGCUCAACUGCUAUAGACCGAGGAAAGUACAUAGUUUGGACAAGUGAAAUGGACAGUUGCCUCACUGAUGUGCUUAUGGAUCAGGUGGAAAAGGGGAAUAAAGUGGAUAACAUCUUAAAGCCUGCAGCGUUUGCAGCUGCACUGAAAGCAUUAAAUGAGAAGUUUGGUAUGCAUAUGACAAAAGGGCACAUAAAAAAUCGGCUGAAGACAUGGAGGAAACAGUUUGGGGUUUUGAAGGAGCUCCUUGCCCAUAAGGGGUUUGUUUGGAAUAAGACACAAAAGAUAGUUGUUGCCAAUGAUUCAGUUUGGAAUGACUACAUCAGGGAGCACCCUGAUGCCAAGAUUUUCCGAGCAAAGUCCAUUGAAAACUAUGAUAAAUUAUGUAUUAUUCUUGGAAAUGAUCAAUCAAUUGCAAGAUUUUCUGACAGUGUUACAGAAAUCGAUGUAAACUUCACAGUUGAUGACGAGGAGCCAGAUCCUGUCAUUUUGUCUGAAACACAAACUGAUGGAAAUCUGACUAAGCACCUCAGGUGGACAGAGGAAAUGGAUCACUGGCUUGGAAAGAUUCUCGUAGAUCAAGUGAGGAAAGGGCUUAAAAUAGAUAAUGUUUUCCAGACAGAAGCAUAUGACAAAGCUGUUUCCGCCAUGAAUGCAAAAUUUGGGCAUCAUUUAACAAAAUUUAACAUUAAAAAUCGUCUUAAAACAUGGAAGAAACAGUAUGAAAUAGCAAAGGAAAUUCUGUGUCAUGCUGGAUUUAAAUGGGACGAAACAAAGAAAAUGAUCAUUGCAAAUGAUUCUACAUGGAUUGAGUACAUUCGGACACAUCCAGAUGCAAGGACUUACCGUGCCAGGGUCCUGGAGAACUAUGAGCAGUUUUGCACUAUCUUUGGCCAUUUUAAUGAGCCUUUGAAUCGUAAUGACUCUGUGCCUUGUGAUGAGCCUUUGGAGUUUGAAAGUGUCUGUCCAGUAAACUAUGAUAGCAAUCUUAAAGAUAUAAUGAAGCAUAUGAGGUGGACAAGUGAUAUGGACAGCUGUUUAAGUGAAAUUCUCGUGCAGCAAAUUAAACUCGGUAAUAGAAGCAGAUUUGACCACAAACUAAAACCUGCUGCAUUGGAGGCUGCUGUGCUAGCUAUUAAUGAAAAGUUUAAGCUUUAUAUGUUGAAAGAUCAUAUUAAAAACCGUCUUAAAACCUGGAAGAAACAAUAUGAUAUCCUGAAAGAACUUUUGCGCCAGAGGGGCUUUGAAUGGGAUCAGAACCGAAAAAUGGUCAUUGCAGAUGACUCUGUAUGGAAUGAAUAUAUUAAGAUAAAUCCCGAUGCUCGAAUUCUUAAAGGACGGGUUAUCAGAAACUAUGAGGAACUUUGCAUAAUCAUUGGUCACAUUGAUCCACCAGGUAUGAUCACUACUCGUGCUAAUAUGGGCAUGACUUCAGAUGAUAAUGUUAUGGAAGCUCAAGAGACAAAUUACCAUGGAACUGACAAUACAACGGAAAAAGGAAAGAGUGUAACAUGGACAGAUGAAAUGGAUCUUUGCUUGACAGAGCUGCUAGUCAAGCAAGUGAUGUUGGGAAACAAGCUUGAGAAAAAUUUCAAGACCUCAGCUUACAUAGCUACUUUAGCAGUUCUAAAUGAGAGAUUUGACUUGAAUUUAACAAUAGAAAACAUUAAAAGCCGGUUGAGAACAUGGAGGAAGCAGUACAGCCUUAUGAAAGAGAUGCUUUCUCGUGGGGGAUUUGAGUGGGAUGAAAGAUGUAAGAUGGUUGUUGCAUCUGACUCAACAUGGGAUGAUUGCAUUAAGAAACAUCGUGAUGCUAGGCAUCUGCGAGGCAAACGGAUAGAAAACUACAACGAAUUAGGUUUGAUUGUUGGCAAUGAGGAAGCUAGUGGAAAUUGGUCGGAAGACACUGAAAUGUUUGAUGUAAACAUUACUCCUAACUUUAGGGAGGAUGCUGAUGCAAAUCUUAUCCCUAACUUUGAAGAACACGAGGAUGUAAAUCUCACUCCUCACUUUGAAGAGGAUGAUGAUGUAAAUCUGACUCCUCACCUUGAAGAGCAUGCUGAAACUCCAACAUUGAUAGCUAAUGAAGAGGAAAUGAGCCACGAUGAUGCAAGUGACGAAGUGCAGGGUUCAUCUGAGCAAACAGGGGUAAGGCCUUCAUCAUCACAGUCAAAGCAGCCAUCGAAGCGGAGACGCACUGAUGAUGUUAUACUACACAUGAUGAGUCUUAUGGCUGCUGAUAUAGGUCGGAUAGCCGAUGCAUUGACUGAAAGUAACAGAGCAUUGUGCUUGGAGGAAGUGGUUGAAAAGGUGCAAAAUAUUCCUGACUUUGACGAUGAUCUCAUCAUUGAAGCUUGUGAAUAUUUAUGUUUCGAUGAGAAGAGAGGAUUGAUGUUUUUGAAAUUAGAUGAGAGAUUGAGAAAAAAGUGGUUGUUGAAACGUUUGCGUGGUGGUUAAUGUAGUUAAAAAGAUCAUUGUAUUCUUUCAUAUUGGCAUUUGUAGCAUCCCCAGUUCAGGCUGUUUCAUUCUAUAUAGAAACCAAAACUGUUUGGAAAGGGGAAACAUUUGUGUAAAGACAAGCUGUUUCAGCACCUGAUUCCUUGUAUAUUAUUAGAAGCUCUUAAAGUUAAUAAAAAAGCAUGUUUUGCACUUGCUUUA